AUGUGCGAGUCUCUGUCUGUUUUGAAUUCAGCAGCAAAAAUAAAUAAUAUUAAACUGAGGGCAGAACUUGCACAUACUGUCGUUUCCUACUUGCAGCAGCAAACAACAGCAACACCAGCAGCAGCAGCAGCAGCAUCUCCAGUGCCGGCAGCAGCACGCACCACAACACCAGCAGCAGCAGCAGCAGCAACGAGGGAACAAAGCGAGAGUUGUCUUUCGGUUUGUUAUAAUUUAGAGUUGGUGCUGAAGACAGUCGUAGAGAAGUGGAGAGAAGAAAGCGAAGAGAAUUUGAAAGACGAAGAAAAAAAAUUUUCUUCAUUUCUUCUGGACGUCUUUGUUGACUUCAUUGAGCUGUUGCUGCAGCAACAGAGGUGGGCAGACGCCAUUCAGUGGAUUGAACAGAUAGAAGCAGCAGCAGCAGCAGCAGCAGCAACAACAGCAACAGCAGCAGAAGCACCGUCAGCAGCAGCACCAGCAGCAGUAACAGCAGCAGAAACACCGUCAGCAGCAGCACCAGCAGCAGUAACAGCAGCAACACCGGCAGCCGCAGCAACAGCAGCAGCAACAGCAACAACAGCAACAGCAGCGGCAGCAACAGCAGCAGCAAAGGGAGGGUUAGAUAAUUUGAUGAUCGGUCGUCUGUCUCUGCAUUUGGCGUUUGCAUUUUGCCGCAGUGGACAGCCGCUAAAGGCUUUAGAAGUUCUCGAUAGAGAAGAAGUAUCAAACGGAUUCAAAGCAGCAGCAGCAGCAGCAGCAGCAUCACCAGCAGGAGCAGCAGCAGCAGCAUCAGCAGCAUCACCAGCAGCAGCAGCAGCAGCAGAAGCAGAGGGUGAUCGUUUGUGUCGUACGCGGGAGUUGCUGCGUCUGAGUGCUUUUCUGUCUACUGGCAGCAAUGAAGCUGCUGUCUCUGUUUGUAUUAGUCUAUCAAAGGGGGCCCCUCUAUCACGAGAAGAAGCCUUUGCUCUCUGUAGUGAAUGCUUCAGCAAUAAUGAGACUACAGACCCUCGGGUAGCCCUCCAAUGUUUGCUGCUUCUUCUAACAGCACUCGCUAGAGCAGCACCUCAAGACGUUCCUGACAGCAGCAGCAGCAGCAGCAGCAGCAGUGAAAGUGACAGCAUCAGCAAUAUGUGCAGCAGCAGCAGCAACAGCAACAGCAGCAGCAACAGCAGGCGAAGAGAGUUUCUGAUCUCCAGCCUCAGCACAGUCCUUUCACCGCAAACUACGAGAGGUUGUGCGUUGUCCAGUGGAGUAACAGCAACAGCAGCAGCAGCAGAAACAGCAGCAGCAACAGCAGCAGCAGCAGCAGCAGCAGGAGAAAAAGAAGAGGGGUCUAAUUGCUGUUUGCUGCAGCUGAGUGCGUUGAUGCUGCAGAAGAGCAGAGAAGCGAAGUGCAGUCGAGACGCCGCUCUUCGUCUUUGUAAUUUGUUGGGGGCCUGCAAACAUUUCUCUUCAGCAGAGGAACCCGAGGCAGCGAAGUACAUCAACGCCUUCUGCUGCGCAGAAGGCGGCAUGGCGUUUACAGAAGCAGCUGAGUCUUCAGACCCAGAGCAGCAGCAGAAGAUUUAUUUUGACUCGCGCAGCAAACUGCAAAACCUUUCAGUUGGGGCCCCCUCUGUUAGCCUGCUGCAGGGAAGAGAGGGUGUUGGCGGGGCGUGUCUGCUGUCUGUAGGAACAACAAAGAGAAAAGAAACAAGAAAAAGAAAGAAAACAACAGCUGAAGCAGAAAGAGAAGCACAAACAGAGAUAGCAGAGAUAGCAGCAGCAGCAGCAACAGAAGAGGAAGAGGACGAAGCAAAUGAAGCAAUUGAAGAAGAUGAAGAAGAAGAAAACGAAGGAGAUAAAAUCAAACAAAACGACAAAAACUACAUCGUCUUCAGCCCCAAACAAAUAGCAGAAAAAGCUUUUAAAGAAGAUCUCUUAGGCCUUGUUGGGUGGCCGUCUGCUUGGAGCAGCGAAGAGAAGAAAAACUUUACCUCAUCACUCGCCUUGCAGAGAACACAUGGUAUGAAGGAGUUCUUCUCUUCAGAGGACACAGACACGCUGAGGCUGAAAAAUGGCUAA